AUACAGCACUGUGAAACGUCAAGAUUCCGAUAGCAAAUGGCUAAGGGAGGUUAUGCUGAAUUUGUAUUGUAAUUUAUUAGAAAAAAAUGCCGGUUACUCUAUUAGAAGUUAUACAGUAACUAGAAAAUACUGAAUACAAUAAUAUUCUAUGCACCACAAUAUACAAGCCAACAAAAUUACUUGAUUUAUUGACAAGAUUGGAAGAAUUAAAUUAAAACAAAAAUGUAUGGAAGACUGUGCAACCUGCGGACCGGCGUCAACCACCGCCUGGUGCAAUGCAGCAACAUGUACAGCAGUGGCAUUCUCAAAAAAGACACCGCACUACGAGCGUUACAGCCUGGCAAAACGAUGCAUGGCUUCAUCGUUAAUGAAGUACAAGCAAUCAAGGAAUACAAUAUGACGGCAUAUUUCCUAGUUCACGAGAAAACAAAGACAGAGUACCUGCAUUUAGAAAGGGAUGAUACCAAUAACGUAUUCUCCGUUGGGUUUCGAACCACUCCGUUAGAUUCCAUGGGCACUCCACAUAUACUUGAGCACACAGUUCUAUGUGGCUCCGAGAAGUAUCCGGUCAGAGAUCCGUUCUUCAAAAUGCUGAAUAGAUCACUGGCUACGUUCAUGAAUGCGUUGACUGGCCCCGACUAUACAUUCUACCCAUUCUCGUCUCAAAAUGAGGUUGAUUACCAAAAUCUGCAAAAAGUGUACCUUGAUGCGGUUUUCAAACCUAAUCUGUCUAGGCUAGACUUUCUACAAGAAGGAUGGAGGUUAGAACACACAAACAUAGAAGAUAAGAAGUCAGACUUAACUUUCAAAGGUGUUGUGUACAAUGAGAUGAAAGGUGCUUUUUCAGAAACAAGUUCGUUGUUUGGACAAAAAUUCAUUAACAGUAUACUGCCACGAGGCACAUAUGGUUACGUCUCAGGUGGUGAUCCGUUAUGCAUUCCGAAACUAACACAUGAGCAUUUAAAGAAUUUCCACUCUACGUACUACCACCCAAGUAAUGCAAGGAUUUUUUCAUAUGGAAACUUUCCUUUAGAAGAGAAUUUGAAGUUUGUCAAUGAAGCGUACUUAUCGCAGUACACAUAUUUGGACCCAAACCACUCAAUAGUAGAGAAGCAACCUCGUUGGCAAGAGCCAAAACGAAAUGAAAUAGCUUGCCGAUUUGACCAAUACGGUGUUCCGAUAGAAAAACAAAAUCAAAUUGCGAUAGGCUAUGUAAUGUCUGAUAUUACAAGCAUUUACGAGACGUUUAUGAUGAUGGCAAUGACUGAACUCAUGAUUAUUGGACCGAACUCAGCUUUCUAUAAGAGUUUGAUUGAGAAAAAUAUCUCGGGAGGAUACAACUCCCUCACAGGAUAUGAUAAUCAAAUUAGAGACACUUUAUUUGUGGUUGGACUACGGGAUGUUGAGAAAUCAAAGUUUGAGAUGGUAGAAUCGAUUGUGAACCAAACUCUUCAAGACAUUUAUGAUAAGGGCUUUGAAAAGGAUCAUAUACAGAGCGUCCUACACGGAUUCGAAUUAUCAAUUAAGCAUCAGUCUCCAAAAUUCGGCCUCAACUUACUCUUCAACCUGAUGCCUCUAUGGAUCCACAACGGUCCCAUCAUCAAUGCUCUGAAGGUCAAUCAGCUCCUAGAUCAGCUUAAAACAAACUUGAUGGAACCCAAGUACGUGAAGGAAGUUAUUGAGAAAUACUUCAUUAACAACAAACACAAACUAACUAUGACAAUGGUACCUGAUCCGAAGUUCGACGACACGUUUAAUACAGCUGAGGGCACUCUGUUAAAAGAAAAAGUAAAAGCCUUGACUCAAGAAGACAGAGAGAAGAUAUACAAGGAAGGAAUAGAACUCUCUACAGCUCAGAAGAAAGUACAGAAUUUAGACAUCCUUCCUUGUCUGAAGCUUGAAGAUAUUGUUCUUACUAAGACUGCACCGCCUCUGCAGCAUUCGGUCGCUGCUACCAUCCCACUGCAGAUGUGCAUGGCCAAUACCAAUGGUGUCACUUACUUCAAGGGAAUCAUAGGAACAGAUUGCUUGAACGAUGAACAGAGGCAACUGCUACCAUUCUUUGAAUACAUUGUAAACAAGUUUGACACGAAAAAGUACAACUACAGGGACUUUGACAAGUUCAUUAGUAAAUCCACAUCUGGUUUGGGAUUCGUGAGUCAUAUUACGGAACACAUCGAUCAACCUGGGCAGUAUGAACAAGGUAUCUUGAUCAGCAGCCACUGUUUAGACGAGAACCUUCCGAAAAUGAUGGAUAUAUGGAAAGAGAUCUUCGACAAACCGAAUUUCAGUAAUAGCGAAAGGCUGAAAAUGCUUCUCACAAACUACUGCUCAGCUUUAAGUAACGGUAUAGUGGACAGCGGACACACGUAUGCCAUGCAGGCCGCGCGGGCACUGGUCACCUCAGUGGACGAGUGCAAAGAGAAUCUAAUGGGCCUCCAACACAUAAUGAACAUGCAAGAGAUAUUAAAGAACAAAAAGAUUGAAGAUAUCCAAUCCACCGUCGACAAGAUUGGCAGCACAGUCUUAAAAGGCAGUAACUUGAGAGCAGCCUUCCAUUACUGUAAUACCAACCAGAAUGUUCACGCGAAUGUGGAGAAAUUCUGCAAAGAACUGUGUGACAAUGCGGACCAGAAGGAGAUGAACAGGAUCAACUGGACCGACGCGAAGAAGAUGCCGGAGGAAAACCGCGGCGUCCACAUUCAGAUGAACAUUCCUGUUAACUUCUGCGCUAAAGUCAUCCCCACGAUACCGUACACUGACCCUGACUACGCCAAGCUACGUGUGUUGUCACGGUUCCUUACAUCCAAAUAUUUACACCCGGUGGUCAGAGAGCAGAACGGAGCGUACGGCGGCGGCGCCAUGUUAACUCUAGACGGAGUCUUCAACUUCUAUUCGUAUAGAGACCCAAAUUCAUCAGUCACCCUAAAUGUCUUCGAUGAGACGACGCACUGGAUGGCUAAAAACACAAGUCUUGUGGAUGAACAGAAUCUAUUUGAAGCGAAGCUAUCGAUACUGCAGCAAAUGGACCAGCCUAUCGCGGAGUACAUGAAAGGCAUCGACCUAUUCCUCUACGGAUUGUCCUAUGACAUUUGGAAGACUCAAAGGGAAAGGGUUUUAGCUGUGAAGAAAGAAGAUUUGAUUGAAGUGUGUCACAAGUAUUUGGUGAAAGAUAAAUGGAGCGGCAAAUGUGUUAUUGGUGAGGGUUCGAAGGAUCUUAAGGGGGAAAAUGAGGAAUGGGAAAUCAUCAAUGGACCACAGCAAUAGGUUUGAAGCUUUCAGGAAAUCAAGUGACUCAUGUAGUAGGACUAGGUAUCUCUAGUAGAGAAUGCGAUGUCGAUGAUAUAUUCAAGUAUGAAGACAUAAUUAUAAUAGGGCCGUUUUUUGCUCACCAUGUGACACAAGUGUAGCAAGUUCUUUUUUGACCAAUCACUGCAGCUGUCGAAUAUUAAACGUCCAAUAGUGUUAUUAGUUAAUAGGGUAGAUGACUAAUUUUUAUUUUAACGUCCGUCUUGUAGAUUAUUUUGAAAUAUUAGACACGUUGUUUUUAUUUUUUUAUGGAAACAAACACUUUCGAAUAUAUAUUCAUUUGAAAUGUCGCGUGAUGUCACUUCUAGGUACAUUUUAUGUAGACACACAUACCUACACAACCUCACGCCGCACAGUGUUUUAGAAACCCUUGGGGGAGGACAUUAACUAAGAAUUUAUUUUAAGCAUCAUCUUCUAAAAUGUCGACUUCUCUAGAUAAAAUUAUGGUAUCAUUUAAAAAGCAAAGUGCUGAUUGUUGACUUUGCUAUUUGUAAUAAUAAAGGCGCUUAGAUUUUUUUUCAAUUGUACAUAAUUUUGUAAUACCACGGAUUAUGUGGCUGAUUUAAUUUAAGUACAUAGUACAAAAGGCUAACUAUCAUUUACC